AUCUAAAAUAUAUGAAUGUUAAAUUUUCAUCAUGACAUUAUGGAAAAUAAUGAACUUUAUCACAAUAUGCUAAUAUUUUGAGAAGGACCUGUAUAUGGAGCUAACAUGCGGUAAAACGGCGCCUGUGAUGCACUUGGAUGUCCAGUGACUGCUGCCAUGUCAUAAUGAGUGAACUCUCUGACCUCCGCACGUGUCUGCCCGCCGCUUGACGUCACGUUUUUUCAACCAGGAGCGCACAACGCGAAAGCGCGCACACCAGCCUUUGCGCCAUAUGGCCGCUGCGCGACCUUCGCGGUCCGUCUUCUAAAAACUCCCCGGACAGUGGAAGGAAAAUGCGCCUGAAUGUGAACUCCCCCUACCCCUCCUGCCCUGCUUCAAAAACAGCACCGUGUCCCUUUAAAAGCGUCUGACAAAAAGCCCAUCUGAUCCCAGAGCUCCAAUCACCAAUUCCUUCUGCAAAAGCAGCCUCUGCAUUUUUGUCGUCUGGACGCUUUAGCUACACUCCGAGGAGGGAAACAGACUGAGGAGAGGGCAAAAAAAAAAAAAAAAUCUGCAGGAAUGUGACAAUCCAACGAUGGUUUUCAUGGCGAGGUGGGAACCGCAGCGAAAGGAGUUAUUCUGGGACUCCUUGGAGCCUCCAAGCGCUGGGUCAAAAUGCUCAUAGUGGAGAAGACCACAGACUUCCCCUCUGCUGAGUUCUCUCUGGUGGAGGAUGUGGCUCUGCACUUCACCUGUUUGAUGGACAGGCUGAAUAAGCAGCGCCUUUUCCAGCCUGACCUCUGUGACGUGGAUAUCGUCUUGGUGCACCAGCACAGCACCUUUCCUGCCCACAAGGGAGUGCUGGCAGCCUACAGCCCCUUCUUCCACUCUCUUUUUGCCCAAAGCAAACAGCUGCGGCGCGUGGAUCUGUCACUGGAUGUCCUGACCUCUCAGGGCCUCCAACAGAUCCUAAAUUUCAUUUACACCUCCAAGCUGCUGGUGAGCAGCAGCACCGUUCGCGACGUGCUGAAUGCCGCCACUGUGCUUCAGAUGAGUGACAUCGCGGCAUCCUGUCGAGAUCUCCUCAGCAGCCACUCCUUGAGAGCCGCCUGUAAAGAGGUGGCCAUUCAGGAAGGGUUUAGCAGCUGUGAUCCAGUCGAGAUUCCUUCCUGCCAGCUUUACCGGGAGAUCAAACAGGAGUCUGAGCUUGGCAGGGUCUACACAAGGGAAGGCAGCAGCCCAUUCUCUGUCAGAGUGGAGGAGGUGGAAAAGAUGGCUGCCCAGACAAAGCAGUACUAUCAGAAAGAGCAGGGGGAAGGAGGCGGGGCCAGCACAGGUGUGGCCGCUCUGUGUAAAGUAGAGGGCAGUGGAGAGGAGUCAAAACCAGCGGAUGGUCACACCUCGUUCAACAGAGAUCAAAUCAUUGUUGAAGUCAACCUCAACAAUCAGACCCUGAACGUCUCAAAGGGAUCCAAUGGAAAAUCUUCCACAAUCACAGAACAUAUGUUUGGUCGUUGCCAUGAAAACGAGAGAGACUCUGAGGGUGAUGAGGACAAUGAUAUGGAGAAUGGUGACGGACAUUUAGAGGAGGGAGAUGAAGACCUAAAGAGGAGAGACAUGCUGGGUCAUACCAGCGAAGAGGAAGAUCAGGACGAAGAGGAGGAGCAGGAAGAGGAGAACACCCUAAACAUUCCUGGUCUAGAGCAGCCUGCCAUAAUGGGUCGACCUCGCCGGCGCACCAGAGCCUUGGCCAUGGCGGCCGCCGCCACCAUGCGACAGACGCUUGCAGAGGCCACCCUGGCCAAUCAGCGACAGGGCAGGAAGAAGGCACUGGAUGCGGAGGGCCUUGGCCAGAAGGUCAGGCUGGAGGAAAAGCAACACUUCUCGUGUAAAAAGUGCCCUCGCAUCUUCAACAACCGCUGGUACCUGGAGAAACACAUGAACGUCACUCACAAUCGCAUGCAGAUCUGCAAUAACUGUGGGAAACGCUUCCUGCUGGAGAGUGAGCUGCUGCUUCACCAACAGACUGACUGUGAAAGGAGGAUCCAGUGCGUGACCUGCGGAAAGGCCUUCAAGAAACUGUGGUCGCUACACGAGCACAACAAGAUCGUCCAUGGCUACGCAGAGAAGAAGUUCUCAUGCGAGAUCUGCGAGAAGAAGUUUUACACCAUGGCUCAUGUCAGGAAGCACAUGGUUGCCCAUACGAAGGACAUGCCAUUUACCUGCGAGACGUGUGGGAAGUCGUUCAAGCGCAGCAUGUCUCUGAAGGUCCACUCCCUGCAGCACUCGGGAGAGAAACCCUUCAAGUGUGAGAGCUGCAGCGAGCGCUUCCAGUACAAAUACCAGCUGCGCUCCCACAUGAGCAUCCACAUCGGACACAAGCAGUUCAUGUGUCAGUGGUGCGGAAAGGACUUUAACAUGAAGCAAUACUUUGAUGAGCAUAUGAAGACACACACGGGAGAGAAGCCGUACAUCUGUGAGAUCUGUGGGAAGAGCUUUACAAGCCGGCCCAACAUGAAGCGCCACCGCCGGACCCACACUGGAGAGAAGCCGUACCCCUGCGAGGUGUGCGGCCAGCGCUUCCGCUUCUCCAACAUGCUCAAGGCCCACAGGGAGAAGUGCUUCCACGUCAACAACCCCAUGGUGGUCCCCAACUGCAGUAACCGGACCCUCGUCACUCCCGCCACGGACUCUUCCGGUCCUGCCCAACUGGGACCGCCGGCCUCCGUCGCCACGCCCUGUGCUGCCUCCAGUCCCCAGCUCCUCCACAGCAGUCAGCUGUCUUUCCCCAUGCUGCACCCCAUGGGGGCACUGCCAGCUGCCUCACAUUUACCCCCACCGCCUCCCUUGUUCUCUGCUGGUAGGAUGAACUCCAACAACUAACAAAUCUCUGUACGAUCGAUAGCACUUUGUUUGGUUUCUCUUUGUUUAAGACUCGCAGUGGGAGAGUGACAUUUACACAGAGCAAAGAACUGGAAAAAGGCUAAAUUUAGGCCUCACAAUGGAGACAAAUACAUCUAGAAUAAGAAAUAGUUAUUUUUUACUCAGCUGGAAACAGUAUAUAACCUCAAAGUCCUCUCUAACCUAUCCAGUGCAUUUUACACCACACUCUUAAAUCCAGAGUUUUGCACAACAAAUAGAUUGUAGCAUCCUUUACCAAAUAACUGUUACUCAUAAAGGAGUAAAAUUUAUUUUUUGUUCUCUGCCAGAAUGUAGCAAUCAGUUCCAUUCUGACCCGGCAAUAACCAAACCCUGAUAUUGACCUGAGAUUGAACAUGUACCUGUUUGUGACAUCAUCGAUAACCGAACCCUACUAGCUCCCCUGAUAUAGUUAAGUAAUGUAAUAUAGCAUUUAUAAUUGAUCCUGCACCUUACAUUUGCCUCAUGUGACAUUUAAAAUGUACUCCUGUCUGUUUUUUCCUUUGUGGCUGGGUGAUUCAUGGCUUCAGUUUCUAAGGACAUCAGAGAGACUACCAUGAGUGUAGUGGAGUGAGUGUGUGUUGUUUUAUGUUUUGUUUUUUUUUCUGUGCUGGUGUGUUUGAGUGGGCUGUGAAGCAGAGACUGAAACUAAGGGUCUUCAGAACAACAAAUUUACACUUGAGCUUCCACAAGGUCAACAGAUGAAGAUCUUCAUGACUCUUAAGUUUUCUACCAUUAAACAUGCCCACCCUGUUUAUGUACAUUGUCUUGCAAAACCAUUCACACCUCUUGAACUUUUUCACAUUUUGUGUGGCAACCACAAAUUUAAUGUUUUGUUUGGGAUUUUAUGUGAUAGUCCAUCACAGAGUAUAAUUGGGAAGUAGAAGGAAAAUGAUGCAUGGUUUUCAUGGUUUUAUUACACUUACAAAAAGUUUAUUUCCUUACUAAACCUUGUUCAACCACUUCUCACUGCGAUUUUGGCUGCAGGUCGUUUUGGAGCUCAUCUCCACCAGCUUUGCACAUCUAGAGACUGAAAUCUUUGUCUAUUUUCCUUUGCAAAAUAGCUCAAGCUCAGUCAGAUUGUGAGAGAGGGAGAGUGUCUGUAAAUAGGAGUUUUCAAUAUUCUCCAUUGAGUUUAGGUCUGGACUUUGACUGUACAAUGCUAACACACAAAUAAGCUUUGACCAUAACCAUCUCAUGGUAGCUCUGGCUGUGUGUUUGGGGUUGUUGUUCUCGUGAAAAGUGAACCUCUUUCCCAGUCUCAAAUGUUUAGCGUCCUCUAACUGGUUUUCCUCCAGGAGUGUCCUGUAUUUAGCUCUGUUUGUCUUUCCAUCAACUCUGACCAGCUUCCCUGUCCCUGUAGAAGAAAAUCAUCCUCAAAGUUAUGUGACAUAAUGUUGAGGGUCUGUUCAGGGGACAUGUGCAGUGUUUCUUCACACAUAUCGUUGAACAUGUAGGCCAAAAUGUUUGGUCUUUUCUAACCAGACCACCUUCUUUCACAUGUUUGCUGUGUCUCAUACUUAACUUUUGACACAAAACAAACAUGACUUGUUAUGGCUUUCUACUUGAAAUGAGGCCAGAUUUGUGGAAUGCAAGACUAAUAGUAAUGCUGUCAACAGAAUAUCCCACCUGAGCCGUGGAUCUCCAGAACUCCUCCAGAUCUUCCAUGGUACUCUUUGCUACUUAUUUAAUUAAUGUUCUUCUUGCCUGGAAUGUCAGUUUAGGUGGCUUGUCAUGUCUUGGUUAGCAUUUAUGAUAGCAGUCGAUUGCACUAGAUUUUAUGUAGGGGCAUCAAAGCUAAAGUUGCUGAAUACAAAUACAUGCCACAUUUUUCAGAUUUUUAUUUGUAAAAAAUGUUUAAAGCCAUAUAUCAUUUUCCUUCCCUUUCUGAAUUAUGCAGUACUUUGUGUUGUUCUAUCACAUAAAUCUGCAAUAAAUCAGAUGUAGUUGCUGUUAUAAUGGGACAAUAUGUGAUAAAGUUCAAUACUUCUUCAAGGCACUGUUUAUAGUUAGAGAUGUAAGACCAUGGGACAUUUCUAUAAUAGUAUAUUAGUUCCAAACAUCGUUUACUCAAACACUAUUGUUGUACUUGCAUACUGAUUUCUAACAUUAUUGGUAAAGUUGAUUAAGGCUUAUCUUUUUAAAUAGACGUAAGAGAAGUUUACAGGAGUUGUUUACAUAACUACAUGUGUGCAUUUAAUCUAUAUUAUAAAAUGUCAAAGCAAAGAAAUGGGUAAAAGCCUAAAUAUCUUAAAUAAAAUUAGCUGUAUAUAUAUUGUUAAACAUUGAUUUGUAGCAGCAAAUUAAAAUUACUGACCUACAGUAUAACAAUAAACAAACAACACACAAUAAUAAACAAUAAAGUCGACACUAUUGAUAAAAAAAUAUCUAUUAAGCAAAAAUAUCUACAAAGAUUUUUAUAUGCCUUCUUGCUGAGAAUUUAAGUUGGAUUUAAGUUAGGGAAUUGAUCCCACUUAAAGAUCUAUCGAUCAUUUUUGAGAUUCGCCUGCUUAUAUCUUUUUUUCAAACUCCUCGUUAAAGGGCACAUCUAGUUCAGAUCUUAAAUUAACGCCCUACUAUUAAUUUACGUUCAGGGAUUUCUAAACAAGAAGGAGUUACUAUGACCUCUUAUUCUAUUCAGUUGCUACAUCCUGAUGUUUCUCUGAAGUAAACGGAAGCGAUAUCUUGAAAGUGAGAUAUCUUGAAACCAUCCUAUACUUUUUCAUUGUGAAAAAACCUCUUCACCCUCUCCAACAAUGAGCUUGGUAAUACUUUCAUGGAUGCUAAUCUUAGCCUAUAACUUUCAAAAUCUGUUUGGAAAAAGCGAACGGUUUGUGAAAUGUUUUGGAUAAGCUCUUCCAAUUUCUGCUAAGGCUCAUUUUUGCAGUUUUUGAACCCAAACUUUUCCGUUCCAAAAACAUGUUCGUUCAUGAAAUGAUUUAUGCACAGAUUAAGCAACCGAAACAAACGAGCUGCUAACUGUUUACUAUCUUACUACACAUUUUGACAUAUCAUAAAGCAGGUUGUGUGGGUCUAAAUGAUGAAAGGACAGGCGGUGAAACAAUAAUGCAUAUGUACUGGGAUCGAAGGUGUGGGUUUCACAGUGUUCUGAUGCGUCAGGAUAGGUUAUGUUACUUUUGCUAUGAUGUCACUGCCUCGGGUUUUUGUUCUUUUUGUUUUUUCCCCAUGUAUAAGAGCCAGUUAACUAUUUCGGGAUGGAUGUUCGAUGCUUUAACAUAGCCUGAGUUCCUCCAAGUGGUCAAAUAUAUACAGUAUUAGUUUAAUUAAUUCGAAAGUAGGUCAAGCUGCAAGCAAUUAGAGCCACUUCAAGCAUUCAGCUGGCCAAGGUGAGUAAACCUUAAUCAGUGUGCACAGAACAUCUGCAUAGCAUAGCAUGAGAUUAAGUAAUGUUAUUAUCUGGUAAUUGCUGCAUACUUUCAUACCAAUUAAAUACAUUCUGCAUCAAUGGCGCAUAUGUGCAAUAUUAAUAUAUGGCAUUUCAUAGCUGUUACGCUUACAUCGUGAAAUUUGCCCAAAAGAUCCACGGCAGCUUGGUUCAGAGAUCAAAUCAUGUAUGCCAUCAGAUGCAAAGAAAAUCAAUGCAGGAGCUUUACAUUUUUUACCUUAAGCGGUUGCCUCUCCUAUAUCAGUGAAAAGUAAGGCUAUAUAAAAGUGAAGUUAUAUAGAGCUCAGCCAACACCCCAUUUGGUUUAAGUUUAAUGUGAACUUUCCAGUAGCUUUAGUUAACAGGUAUGAGUGACAUUGAGCACCUUGUGAGACUCAAAGCUAAAGUCAAAUAAGCACUGACCCCUGAAAUUUCAGAGUCAUAAUUGGGAAGUUUUUGUUCCCAGAUAAUGCACAGCUAUUCAGUUUAUCUAUAUGUGCUGUACUCUUAGUGUAGCAAUCCCCUGUAUAUACUGUUCAGAUGUGGCUAUACUUUGUUUUUCUUUUUUUUAUGUUUACACAGAUUGAGCUGAAUAUGGUUCUUGGUUGGUACAAUGGAAAGUUUUUGAAUGUUGUUUUGUAAAUGUAUUUUGCCAUUUGUUUUUAUUUUGAAGACAAAAUUCAGCACUUUUGGUGAAAUAUUACACCAAUCCCAGAUUUGUGUCGUUCAUAAACAAAAAUGCCGAAAAAGUAAUGGCUUAAUUGCACAUUAUUUAAAAAUUGGUACAUUAUUUUUUUUAUCUCUCUACAAUUUAUUUUUUUUUUUUUUUAUUUGCAGAUUUUGUACAGGGUCCAGUCUGAGGCUGCCCCUCUUACAUUAGAGCUAUUGUAUUGUAAUUUAUCUCAAUUAUAUUCUGGCUGUGAUAAAGUGCAAUUUUCCUUAGUGGACAAUUAGCGUGCUUGUUGCAAAUUAGCAAAGAAUGUGAAAGUUAACUGCCCACACUUUAAAAGCUGAAAUGAACUUUCUUGCUUGCAAAGAUAAUUGGAUGGUAAAAAUCUAAAUUUUUUCUUAAAGCUAAAUAUAACUCUUAAAAGGUCUAUAUUCAUGUCAAGUACCAAGCAUUCAAUAAGACUAUGAAUUGUAUAAGCUAUAAAGUUAUACAUCUUUAGAUGUACAGUGUCUUGUAAAAGUAUCCAUAGCCUAUUGCCCUAAAUACAUUUUGUUGCGUUACAACCACAAGCUUAAAUGUAUUUUUGCAGAAUUUUACUCAGGUGAUAGAUCAACAUGAAUUUCAAAAAAAGUUCGGAUUCAAUCUCGUCUGAUCAGGGCACCUUCUUCCACAUGUUUGCUGGCUACAUAGCUUGUGGCAAGUUGCAAACCGGACUUCUUAUGGGUUUUUUCAACAAUGGACUUAUUCUUGCCACUCUUCCAUAAAGGCCAGACUUGUGAAGUUUAUGAAUAAGAGUGUAUUCACACCAACUACUUUUGGUCCGCUUUAAACAGAGCAGAAUCUGUUUCCCAUUAGUCUGGACCUUUUGUGCAGGUUUCAAUAGACUCUAGUGCGGUUCGCUUCUGGUGUGAAGAAAACAGAAUCCAACCUAACUACAUAGGUCUCUUUGGACUUAAGCCACUGUAGCAAUGAAUGUCAUAUUCAAAUCUUACCUGAAUCACAUUCUGUUGCUUAGCAACGCUGUUGCCUGUGUUUUACCUCGGUGCCGAGCACAGUGUCUCCUUCGGCUUGCAGCAUGCAUUCUCUGACGGUGUUCCAAAAUUAUAAAUAGAACGUUGCAAAAUCUGUGCUGAAUGAGCUGCUCUUGACCCUCAAAAUAAUUUUGCAAUUGUAGUAACACCACAAAUGUGCUUCUGCAUAUUUGUGCUAUUAUUAUAGUUUGGAGGUUACAUGCAGGACUUCCACUGUUGUUUUCCUCUAUUUCCCAGUCUGUACCCUGUCACUUCUGUCCAAUGGGAGCAAUGAUCACCAUCUGUGUGACUUUGUUUCCAAGUUAAAGUUCACUUGCAAAAAGUACUACGUCAAAGCAAACCUUACCAAAAGUCCGCUUUUGGUCCGGACCGAACAAGCAGACCAAAGACCUUUCUUGGUUUAUUUUAUACUGAAAUAAAAUUGGCUGAACUGGAUUUUAUCUAGAGGUUUCAGAGUGAAGGGGGCUGACUACAAAAAUACACAGAACAUUUUCACAUAAAUCCAUUUAAAAUAAUUAAGGUUUUUGAUUGUAAUGUGACAAAAUGUGAAAAAGUAUAAGGAGUUAACAUAGUUUUCCAAGGCACCGUAAUGCGGACAUUUGUUGGCCACUGAGAACUGUUGUUCUGUUGUUGCUGUUUAUUAAAUCUCAAUCUGUUAACAAAUUUCACUAAGAGGUUCACAAAGUUGAGAAGAUGCUCUUAUUUUUGCUUUCUUCAGAAGCACUAUCCCAAGAAACGUUACUGAUGUACUGUGGUUUGUGUAUUUGCCUUAAAAAUAGUGGGAUUUCCAAGUUUUUUGUGUUAAAUAUAGUAAUUAUAGCUAAUGGAGAAAUUGUGAUGAACACUACUGAUUUAUGCACUUUGAAUUACUUUGCCACAAUUACCAAUAAUGGGGCCAUUUAUGCAGACACAGGGUGAAAACAAGCUGUAGAGAUGUGUAAAGAUGGAAAUAUGUCUGUCCUUUUCAGUAUUUUUUAAGUGGAGAUCAUUUUUUUUUUUUUAAAUGCACAAAGGAUAAACUGACACAAAUGAGUAUCAGAACCUCAAAAAUCACAGAAAAUUGUGCAUUUCUUGUUAGGGUGUUGGAGUGGAGGGUUGUCGCAUGUGAUGUUGCCAUCUGGCAAAAUAAAAGUAAAGUUUCUUUCAUGCAUCAGCAGCUUUCAUAUAUAAAGCAGCAUUUAGAUCAGUUAUUAUGACUGGUUAGUUCAUUAUCAGUAUAAGUGACAAACAACCAGAUGCAAUUUUCCUAAAGUUAAAGAAGCCUGAAGAGUGAUUUUUUAUGUCAGUUGCCUAAUUGAGUUAUUGAGAAACAGCACUUUAUUUCCCUGUUCAGCUAAAUAGAUUUUAAAAGGUGACAUUGUAGCACUUAUUCCACUUCAAUUUGCUGAUACUGUGUGUCUUUAUACUAAAAGAUCACACAAAAUUAGAAAAAUGCUGAAAUAAAAAUGUGUUCUUGGCAGGUUCCUUUCACAUCUUUUUUUUAAUUCUCCAUUUGUAUUGUGCGCUGAUGAUAUUCAAGGUAUGAAGGAGCACAAAAUAUGUUUCAUAUUUUAGAUUCUUCAAAGGUGCUCCCUGUUGCUUUGAUUACAUCUUUUCACACACUCUCAAACAGCUUCAUGAAAUGGUCUCCUGGACUAGUUUUCAGUUAUCAUUUGCCCCUUUGUCAAGAGGUAAUUGCUGCAAUGUCUUGCAUUUCUGUUGUGUUUGAGUUGUACAGGUAGAGUUGGUACAAGGGGAAUCGCUCUGUUUGACUAUUUUUCUAAUUCUUUAUAUUAGGAACCACUCAACUAAGGAAAGAGAGAAGAUAAUCCAUUAUUACUUCAAGACUAGUAUAGUUGCAAAGACUUUGAUGAAACUAGUUCUCAUUAGGAUUGCCCCUGAGGAAAGGAAGACCAAGAGUUGCCUUCAUCUUAGGAUGGUUUCUAUAUGUGUGGUUCCCACUGUAAAGCACGGUGGAGGUGCUGUGAUGGUAGGGGAUGCUUUGUUGGUGACAUUGUUGGUAAUCGAUUCAAAGUCCAAAGCAUACUUCACCAGAAUGGCUACAUUAGCAUUCUGCAGUGACAUCCCAUCCACGUAGUUGGACCAACUUUUGUUUUUCAGCAGGACAAUAAAUCCGAAACACACCUCCAGGCAAUGUAAGGGCUAUUCGGGGUUCCUACGCAGUCUGAAAGAAUAAGGAAUUUGAUUCCAGUAUUUGCGAGUCUGGAUAAUAAUGGAAAAAGUAUUGAGACAUACCUGUAUUUCCAGAAUUUAUUUUUCAUCCUAUUUGUCAAAAUGUUCUACAUUCUCAACUUUUUUCCUUUAUUUCUUUCUUCUGUCUUUUCUUCAUUCCAUCCCACCUUUCACCCUUGUGUCCUUCAAUCUUUUCUUUCUUGAGUCAUUCCUUCCUGCCUCAUAUUCUUUCCUUUUUCCAUUUUUUUUAUCCCUUGUGUCCUUCCCCCCUUCAUUCCUUGCUCCUCUUCCUACCGUCCUUCCUUCCUUCCUUACUUCGCAAUGGAAUUCACAAUGAAUUUUUGCAUUUUAUAUUUUGAACUUGCUGAUGAAGACUGAGAAAUCUGGAAAGUUGAGUCUUGAAAUGUCUGGCAUUGUUGCAUGGAAAAUGUGUAAGAAUCCUGUCUAUUUGACCCACAAAGAGAGUGAUGGAUUUCUGCGUCAGAUCACCUAGCCUCCAUAAUCAACUGACCAGAACGCAGCUAUGUUUAUGCAUUUGACUGAUGUUUUUAUCCUAAGUGACUUACAAAUGAGGAUGUAACAAUACAGCUUAUAUCAAAGCUAACUAAGAUGGUUUGCGAUGAGUUGGGCCGCAGAGUGAAGGCAAAUCAGCAAAAAAGAGCUCAGCACCUUAGGAAACUCCCUCAUGACUGUUUAAAAACCAUUCCAGGUAUGUCUUCCUUCAUAGUUUGGAUGUCUUCUGUAUUAAACUACAACGUAAAAACAUAAAGAAAAACUAUUGAGUGAGAAGGUCUGUCCAAACUUUUCACUGGUAUUAUAUUUUACCCUGAGGCUAUCAAAUUCUGAGAAGAAGUCAAAUUAAAAGUUCUUGUUAUUUGGCUUGGGGUUUUACAGUUCAGUUCCAGUAGUGGUGAGAUCUUAGUAACUGAAAAGGGACCUUUUACAAAAUGCACAUAAGUCUUAUAUUAGUUAGACAACAUUUAAAUAACUAAUCAUAUAUUAAAGCUAACAGCCAAAGGCUUGUGCUAUAGGCAAACAUGGACAAGUUGUCCUUAAAUGUCCUUAAAGCGUCUUUCUGUGAAUACGGACUUGCCAGGAAACACAGAGUCUGUGCAUUCUGUGUUGUAUUAAAGGCAAAUGUGUACGAAGUAAUCUGUCAAUCCCUUCUGAGAAGUGAUUAAGCUGGCAGGCAAUUAUUGAAAUGAGCAAAUUUGCUUUUGCAUCUAUUGUUUGAACACAUUAGUUGAACAUGAUCUGUGACAUGAGUGCAUCAUCGAACUUGGUGUUGUUGCUGUUUACUUUUGAUAUUUUUUUCAUAAGAGCAUUAAAGGUAAACACAGAUGCCAAGAAAUGUUUUAGGAAAGGAUGUGAUUGUCUCUCCCUCCUCCAGAAUUGAGGGUCUUUAUAUCCACAAAAAAUAUUCAUUUUGGGGUCAAUGUUGGGAGAAAGAGAAAAGAAGGCACAUCUUUGAUAAAUGAGUUGGGUUUUUUGGGUGAGUUGCACCUUAUUUUGAGUUUAAACCAUCUAUGAAAUGGUCAUUCAUUUGUUUAUGAUGUGUUUUAGAUUGUGUGGCUUUGGGUCAAUCCCUCUUUUCACUGAUUCGUUUCACGAUUUCGUACCCACAGUUUAUCAUUUUGUUCCUUCCAAUUCAUAUCUGCAAACACAUUCUUUCAUACCCAUGUACCAUUGCUUCUCUGUUUAUUUCUAAUGGUGUUAAGCAUUUUAUUUAUUCCCCUUUUUGUUAACUGUUCAAAUAAUUAUGGGGUAAUUAGUUAAAAAACUAUUCCAAUCUCUAAUAUUUUGAGAAAUAUUAGUUUUACACUCCAUUUCUAUUGAACUUGGUUCUGAUCCCUAAUUGAUCAAGGUAAUGCCUAUAAAACAUGACAGAUUAAGACCACAGAUUAAAUUAAGACCAAAAUAAUUCUAACCAAUCUCUUGAUGACGGAUAUUGUUUAUUGGAGUCUUAAAUCAACUUUUUCUUACAUUAGGCGAUAUGUACAAUAUAAAAAAUUAAAUCAUACUCAAAGCAGGAACAAAAUAUCCCACUGGAAGGUACAAAUUGACCCAUGGUAAGUAUGAAACCAAGUUCUACCCAGAAAAAGAAUGGGAAUGGACAAAAGGGGAAAAGGACCAGUACCUGGUUUAGCUGCUAAAAACAAAAAGACAUGGUCCAGAAAGAUUUUGUGGCCUUCCUCUAUUGCUGGGUAAAUGUUCAUAUCAAAAAUAAUUAGGAAACCCCUGUAAAAUGCUGGACAAAAAGUAUCGUAUGAAAGAAUUCUGUGUUUUAUUGCUGCCUGUUUGUCUUACUUUUUUCUAUCUGUGAGGUUUUUUUUGUUUGUUUGUUUGUUUUCUUUUUCCCCGUAGUUGUAAAAGUUCCUGGAGCCUCAAAACUGACAAAACUGAGAAGGCUAUUAAAUAAGAAAAAGAUUACAGAAAUUGGUAGUGGUUUGUUAGCUGUUAGUAUUUGUCUUUAGACUAUUUUUUUUAUUAUUCUUUCAUUUCUCAUUAAAUGUGCACUGCCUUCUGUUAUAAUUAACAAUAUAAUGUUUAAUUACAGCAGAUGACCAAAUUCUAUUGUAAUAAAUAGAUUUUGGUAUUAAAUCAGUGGACAGGAAAAUAACUUAUAGUGGAAUUACCUUAUUUAAUGCUACAUUUUGCCGUUGUAGAAUAAAGAGGAAAAAAUAAGGAUACAAAUGGAAUAGAUUUUCCAUACACAACAAAUCAAAAUUUGCAAAUUAAAAUAAAUGUUAUGUUUUACUGUAACUUCCAGUUGAUUGGUUAAAAAGCUCAAAUGUAUUAAAUAAAUUAAUAAAAGCAUAGCCUUAGUUUUGAUGUGCGUUUAAAUCAAGCUAUACACUCUUGAACGUCAACAGCGGUAAAAUGCUAACUGUGUUCAUUAGCUUGCUAGCUGAAAUUUUGCUAGCAAUGCUAACGUUAGCACUGAAAUAAAGUUACUGAAUAGGUUGUCAUAGUUUUAUUUAUUUUUGUUUGUUCAGCACAAUAACUAACCAGGACAAGAUGAAAUACAGUUUUACUUUUAACAGGCCUGACCUCAAAAUGCAUAAUCGCAUGGUUGUGGGGAUCAUUUAAAAAAAAAAGAUUUGUCAGCUUUGAAACUCCUUUUACUGCUAAAAUGUUUGUUUUUUACUCGAGAAACUUUGAUUAGCUGCAUUAAGAUUGUAUAUCUCAUCCGACCCCCUCAGCCAAUACAACCAUAUUUAUAUCUGUAUACCUUACGGUGUAUUUCCAGUACUUAUUAAUACCACAGCACUGAGAAAUCAUGAAAUGUAUUGUCACUUGAUGAUUCUCUGCUCUAUAACAUUAACACUACAGUAUGUAUUGGGUGAUUCUGGUAUUCAAACCCAUGUGUAGACAGUAGUUGUCCCAUUCAGCUAUAAUAAUAACACAGAAGCAGAACAAGAACAUUAGAGUCUAGAGGUGCUAAAGACAGUAGGCUGUAUUUUUUUGUCCUUUAAUGUAAUAUUGACAAGUGUUAACUGUCUGUAACACAAUAGAGCAUUAUGAAAUCAUUUCAAUAUUAAACAGUAUAGAUAUUGAA